CUCUCUCCUGGAAAGAACUGUGAAGCCUUUGCACCCAUAUCUCCCUUGUUGGUGGUCUUUGUUGAUUUACUUUAAACGACAGGCGCCUUUCAACACACUUUCUGUACACAGCACUAACUAGGUUUUUUCUGCUAGAGUAUAAUGAAUUUUAUUGCUAAGGUCGAUAAAAUAUCUUGUACAUCUGUAUUGAAGUCGUAUGUCAACCAAUUUUGAAAAAAAUUUGGAUGUCUCUUAACAUAAGCUGUUGUUACAGGAAAGAAAUUCAAAUUCAUAACAAGCAGCAAGCCGUGGUGGCUUUGCCAAUCUAGUUUAAACAUUUAAGCCUAAAAAAGUGACCUGAAAUUAAAGUUAAUACAAAAACUUACCGGAAAGGAAAUCGUCAUGUAGAUACACCCGUAAGUAUUAAAUGUACAUGUGAUUAAAUGUCAAAACCUUGUUUAUCUUAUAAGUACAUGUAUUGUGCUAGUUUUAAGAAGUGGUGCAAUGGUCUAUUAAACACAUGUUCAUGUGAAUGCUACUGGUCAUGCUGGUAGUAAGUACAUGUUGAAUAUGAGGAAGGGAUACAUUUGACAUGUAAUUACCAACCAUGACAAGGAAAUAAAAUCUGAAAUCUUUGGAAAUUCCAGCCGGAAUGUUAAUGGUUUAUAUAUUUGAGACCUUUAUUGAAUGUUUAUAGAAAGUUUUACCUGAUGUUAAGGGUUUUGGUUUCCUUACCAUACCAGAAAAAUAAUAUUUUUCCCCUUUCUGUUUACAGGAUAUCUUCUAUGAUGGACCAGCACACCAAAGUCCUUGAAAAAUUAUGUAGAUUAUGUGGUGAAAGAUGUACAUCAUCAGUUAAACCUCCUAAAAGAUGUAGUGACUAUGCCCUGAAAAUAUUGCAGAUAUUUCAGGUGAAUGUCCACGAAGAUGAAGGCAACAUUCACCCACCAAAUAUGUGUCAUUCAUGCUACUGCUUCCUGUUUCAUUCAAAUACUAGAACUGCCACUAAUUGGCCAAAGCAUCCUAGGACUGGUAGUUGCUUUGUGUGUACAAAAUUCAGUCAGCAGUCAAGACCUGGACGAAGGAAAAAGUGUGUGACAAGGUCUGGUCGGCCAAGAGUACCUCCAGCCUAUUCAGAAUAUCUCAACAGCCUUCCGCCUUCCCCUUCAGUCGACAGGGAUAAAAUUGGCCAGUUUGUGGCAUUAUCAGAUACUGCUAAUGUAGAAUGCAGACUUUGCAACCAGUUGCUCGACAAUGCUUUGGAAACUUCCUGUAUGCAUUUAUUUUGUUGUAAGUGCUUGAUUGUACACUUUGAAACAGCAGGUCUAUCUGUUGUUCCUUGCCCAACCUGUCAAGCACCAGUGAACUACAAGAGUGUCACUUCCCCAAGAAACUACUUUGCUUCCUUAUACUCAUCACUACCAAUGCAAUGCACUGUGUGCAAUGUACUUGUUAGUUUAGGAAAUACAAAGUCACAUGUUUGUAGAGGUAUGCCACCUCUACAGUUAAAUCCUUCUGUCUUUCUGCAUGAUCAUGGAUAUGCAUCAAUGUCUAAGCCACCUAGUGAGGUAGUUCGCAUCUUACACCGGUCCCUGAAUGCUCCUGUGACCUCCCAAAUGGAAGAGUUGGGCACACACAUAUUGAGAACAAAGCUAGCCCAAUCUGAAGAUGGUUUCACAGUCAAAUAUAAGACUGGAGGUCUGCCUCUGACAGCAGUUUGUGUUCCCCAGCCUCGGAAAAGUAGUCAAGAUGCCUCCUCUGGUUGUGUUCGGCAGCGCUCUAAAAUUCUAGAUAAGAUCCGUUGUCUUCUUAGUAUGGAUGCUAAAGAGAUGCAGCAACAGGAUGAGCUAAAGCUUUCCAGCAUGAAAGAUGAACUACAGAGUAUCUUGAAAGACUUGAAGUUGAACACUAUUAGAAUUCCACCAAUGAAGCUCCUUGCUGUCAAAACACAUCUUGGAAUCUCUUGGACACGUAUCAGAGUUUUAAAGAAAUGGUUAAAAGGUUAUAACAUUUUGACUGAAGGUGAACAAGCUUUGCGCAACCAACAGAAAGAAGUCAUUGCCGAAAACAUCCUCACUGAAAACUUGCUUCUUUCCUUCCCGGAUGAAAUCAAUGGAGGAGUUAUCAUUAAACAAGCUCCCUAUGUUGGUGUGAAGUGUCUUGUCACCAAGGUCAAACAACAACUGGAUCAAUAUCAAAAGCAUCAACAGCUGACAUGGCAUGACGGCAACAUACCACAUGAUGAGAUUUGGGUGAAAAUUGGAGGUGAUAAGGGAGGUGGCACAUUCAAGCAAAUGAUUCAAAUAGCCAAUGUCCAGCAUCCAAACUCGCUGCGUCAUACCAUCAUAACAAAUAUCUUUGCAGCAGAAGACACAAGGGAUAACCUCAAAACUGGACUACAGCGCUUUCGCAUACAAGUUCCUGAACUUCACUCGGCCUUUUGGCGGGGCUACAACAUGAGGCUGUUCAUGUUUGGGGACUAUGAGUAUCUCUGUAGAGUUUAUGGAAUCACUGGAGCUAAUGGACGUCACUGCUGCCUCUACUGUAACAUCACCAAGGACAACAUGCAGCAGGCCUUUGAAGAAAGAUCACCUGUAGAACAGAGAUCUCUAGAAACUUUGAGCCUUGACCUUCACAGAUUCAGAGCUCAUGGUGCUCAUCUUACUAAAGCAAAAGACUUCAACAAUGUGAUUGAUGAGCCAAUGUUUGCUGUUCCAUUGACUCAGGUUUGUCCACCAGGGCUUCAUAUCAGUCUAGGUUUAUACCUUAAACAUUUUAACAGCUUUGAGGGAGCAUGUCAUGACCUGGACAUGGAAGCAGCAGCAGUGCUUGCUGAAAAUGACAAAGGAGAUGGAGAUCCAAAGGUAUUUGGUAGAAAGUAUCAAACACUCAUAUCUGACUUGAAGCAAGCUAGACACUUUGAACAGAAGGCUAAAGCCUUAGAUGAGGAGUUCAAACUGAUGGAAGAGCAACUGACUGACACCAUCUUGACAGCGGAGGAAGAAAGUACUGACAUGGAGGAUUACAUCUCUGCAACGAGUGAACUCGUACACAAGCAACAGCAACUGUUUGAAAAGGCAAAAGCUUUGCGUGACAGUGCAGCUCUCAAGCCUGGACAAGGACCACUAGCUGGGCAACUCGAUAUCACACUUCAACAGUUCCGAGUAAAGCGACAGGCAUAUGAUGGCAAGAGCUUUGUUGGAAAUCAUGUACAUAAAUGCUGCAAGGAAGAAAACAUUGAGCUUUUGACUAAUGCAUUGGUAACCAAGACCCAGCAAGUAUGUCCAUCUCUAGUGCCAUCUGCUACAUCAAUUGCUGCCAAGUAUGCACAACUAUUUCGUCUGUUUAGUACAUGUCACCGUAUGUACAACAGCUCAGAGGUUUUAGAGGACUCGGCUAUCGAUGCAUUAGAUCAGGCAGUUAAGGAGUAUUUGAAAUUCUUCCGGGCAGAGUUUCCAUUGGAAACAAUAACGCCUAAAAUGCACAUACUAGAGGAACAUGUAGUCCCAUGGAUAAGGAAAUGGCACUUUGGUCUUGGAUUUCAUGGUGAACAAGGGGCAGAGUCCGUGCACAGCCAUUUCAACUGCCUGCGCCGUGAUGUGCGAGGAAUACGUGAUGAAGUGGAUAUUUUGAAGUCUGUUGUUAGGUCUCACUGGACUCUGACCAGUCCUGCUCAUGCACCACAUACUGUCUUUCAAUGAGGGGUUAGUUAAAUGUACUCCACAUGUCCCACCCUAAAUUGCCUUAGUGUACUAUGUACAUUACAUGUAAAGUACAGCACUGUAGGGUUGAGUAGUUUCUUACGUAUAAGUAGCUUGAAAUAUGGCAAGGCAGUCUUCACUUGUUGGGAAUGUACUGUGAAAUGUUAGAGCUUUCCCUAAAAAUCUGUCUCUUAAAAUCUGUCAGUAGCUACUGAAACUAUAAAUGUGGGUGAAUAGAUAACAUAGUUACACUAUAUCUGAAAGGAAAUCAAAUCAGUAGCCCUUGUAUCACAUUAUACAUGUACUUGGGUCCGUCUUAUGAGGUUGGGGUAUGCUGUGUGACAUUUGGACAAGUGAACAGAUAUUAAUAAAAUUGGAUGGUAGCCUUAAGUUGGCAUGACAUAAAUUUACUUGGGAACAUUUUUUGAGCACCUUUCUACUUCUAAGUGCAUGAAAACUAAACGAUAAUCUUACCGAACAGUGCACUUUUUUAACAUUUGAAAUUGUACAUGCUUUAUCAUGUCUUAUAAUAAGACCAUAUCAAGUCACAAAUGCAUUUAGCAUGAAUUCAGUUUAUACGUUUUAAGAUAAAUAGUGCCUACUAUUGUAGUACAACAUAGUGAUUUAGGGCUCCAGACAGUGGCAUCUUUUUUCAGACAGAUGCUUUAUAAUUGGGUAUGUAUAUUGUAUUUGCAUAUUAAAUGGUCUCUUCAUUCCGUUUUUGCAGCACUUUGUUGUUUACUGGGAAUGUGUGCGUUGGUGAUAAAUUGCUUUAACACAUUAAAGUAUAAUCUUCAUUAAGAAAUUUUAUUAUUUUCAGUAAAUAUUUUAGAAAGUAAUUUACUAUUGUGUAACUCAGUGAUGAAGGCUACCUGGCCCCUUGCUAACACAAAGCUGAUGAAGACAAUUGUGUGCUCGUGUUACAAAAGACAAAAAAGUUAAAUCAUUUGGUGCUGUGUGUCCAUCUGAUCACAUGAGGUAUGCUGAGUUUCGGAGUUAGGCUGUGGGAGUCACAGAGACCGGAUUUGUUGGUUCACCGUUCAGCUGCUUCAUAGCGCCCUUCCUUGUUGCUAUGGUUAAGUUGUAAAGGUCAGGUGUGUAUACGCAUGUUGAGGAAAUGUAUGUAAAAUCAAUAUCCAGUUUUCAGCCAAGAUUGGACAUGGUAGGUGCAUCGCAUAAAGGAAUAAACAUAUCAGUGCCAUAACUCGACUGAUGAUCUAAGUGGAAACCUGUUAUCAUGCUAUCCUCAGCAGUGCCUAACACUCUGUUCACUGUUCCUGGUAUUAGUCAAUGACCCAAUUGGCCUCAGUAUGCUGCGUAAGGGCUCCAUUGAUGGCACUGAAAAAUGACCUAUGUCUUUACUCAACAUUUUCUAAAGUUGGCAAAACUAGUUUGAUGAUUAACAGCAAAUUUAACUUGUGAGCUUAACAGCAUUUCCCAGAUGAGUAUUUUAAAAUUUAAGAUGCAAGAUAUGUGGCAAUGCCUUUUGGUAUACACGUAUGUCCCUCAUUGACAAGUAAGUCUCUGUGAAUAUGCUAGCUCUCAGUUGCUUUGAAUUAUGAAGGCAUUCAGACUUCUGUUUUUGUGUAAAGUUUACAUGCUGUGAUUUACUGUUGAAUCAUUGCACUCUGUACACAUUAAAUUAAUCAGUUUUUGAUGUAAGUGAUAAAUAGCCGCUUUCAGAUGUACUGUCCUUUGUCUACAGUCUUUAUCAGAAGACUUGGCUUGACCGUGGAGGAAGGAUACCGAAGGAGUUAGAACUGCCCGGGCUAUAGCAUCUGGCCAAUUACCACUUUCUGGCAUGCCCAGUAUGACCGUAGCAAGAGCCCAGUGAAUGCUUGCUAUGCACCACCUGUUUUGCAACCGUAAGCCCCUUUUGUACCCCAUGAUCAUAGCCACAAUUUUUCACUGGUAAUCUG